AUGCCACUUAAACUUAAAAACUUAGGUAGAGGUAAUGUAUUACAUUUUACCUACCCAAGAGUUUAAAUAAAAGAUCAAAGAUCAAUUUAAACAAACUCCUUUCAAAAAACUUACUGUAAGCUGAUGUUAAAUUAGAUCACAACGAGAAAUAACAAUUCUUAAUAAAUCGUUUCUAUGCCGACGCGACAAUAUCGCGAAGUGUUCUCGUUCGAGGCGAGCCAGAAGCAGGGAAAAUAAAAGGUAAAAGGGAAUCGGUUUAUAUCUGCGGUGGCAUUUUAUGAACCGUAACCAGGAAACGAAUUAAACGGCGGUGAAAAAAAGAAGAAAAAAAAAAGAGAAAAAAAAGAAAAAAGAAUUGGCGAACCGGUUUUAUAUUAGAGAGUCGCUCUUUAUACACCGGACAAAAAGACGCGGCCGCGCCGUGAUUUAUUCGUUCCGGCCGCGUUUCCCGUGAAAUGGGAAAAUUUAUGGACACCGUGUCUACCUGGCGAUUAGAAUCGCAUUUUUGCUCGCGUCGUGCUCGCCAAUUGUCGGUGAAUAAAUGCGACUCUCAAGCAGCUGUCGAUGGAUUUCUUUCUUUUUUUUUGUUUCUUUUAGAGAGACAAUGGUGACAGUCGUUUUGUAAUUGAAGCGCCAGUCGUUUUUGUCGAUCUCGAGGAUAAAAUAAUGUGAAAUGAUACGGUAAGGUGCGUGCAAAGGACAUGUAUACAAUCAUGUAUGUUUGUUACGUACCGUUGUGUGUCUGUCUUCUAGAAAACUCGUUCGAAAAUUAGCGUGACAAAUGGUGCUUCGUUGUAAAAUAUUGUUGCAAAACGAUCGUUGUUAUUAUUGUUGAAGAUGUAGUCUGCAGGAAGCAGAGAAUUAUAGAUCUAUAAAAACACGCUUGGUGUUUUAUCGUGUAUAUAUGUAAUGAUAUAUUAUGUGAAAUUAAGAACUGUUGUAUCAAUGGUAAUUUUCUAAAUUUUUCUUGAAAGUCAGAAAGUAGGAUAAAUAGUGACUUCACUUCGUUUUAUUGUACAGUGAAACCUCGAUAACUCAAAUUUCUAAAUAUAUUCUCUAUAAUAUGAAAACUUCUGUAAGAUGAAAAUUUUCUCCAUUUUCUUUCAUUUUGGUAAUAUGUUUCAAUUAAUUCGAAUUAUUUUUAGUGUUUUAUAUGUUUAAUAUUUUACUUUUACAACUCACAGUCGAUGAAUACAAUCGUAAUAAUUACACCGCAGAUUUUUAUGCAAAUUCAUAUUUUCAAGAACAUAAUUAAGAAAAGAGAAUCUCUAAAGAGCUAAAGAAAUUUUUUCUAUAUAUUUUUUCUAUGUCAGGUAUUAUAGAAAGCAUUAUACUUUCGAUAUUUUAUACAUUUUUUUAAAUCAUACGUAUUUGCGCGAUUUUGCAUUUUCAAAUUUACCAAAAAUGCAUAAAAAUUCUAGCAAUGAUUAUUAGCAGUUUAGUAAUAAUAUUAUAACCGUGUGAUGAUUAAACUAUUUCAUCAAUAAGUGACUUCAAUAACAAAAGAAUAUUUGUAUGCUUUUAAAUUGGUUAGUUUUCAAGCCCUUUCUCUCGUUUUUUACAUCUUUUCCUCCGAAUUAUAAAUUUUAACAAUAUUCUUUGCAGACUCUUUUAUUAAAUAACAUGAGUUCUACUCGGAAAUUUAUUUCUUCGCAAACCGAAAACUUGACAAGCGCCUUUAAAUUGAAUUUUCGUUCGUUAAACUCAAUGGAGAACUUUGAGAUUAAUUAUUGAGAUUCGACUGUAUAAUAACGAAGCUUUCAUUUGUGCCUUAGUCAUCAACAAAAUCACCCCCCCAUUUACCGUAAACCUUUAUCAAUUUCCAUCCCCAAAGCCGUCUACUGUCACCCCGCUCAAUAUUCCAACCACCAACUAUCCAAACCACCCCUGAAACCCUAUUCCCUGUGCAAUUUCGCAAACCUGUCAGAAUUCCAGCAAUUAAAUCACAUCCCAAUAACGCAGUUGAAGGUCACGAUCAAACCAACUAUCCUACUGCUCACGAAUAUUGUCUGAUCAGAGUAAUUUCAGACGCUAUUCCCAAUCCUUCGUGAAUGCAUAUUUUAAUUUUCUGGAGGUGUAACGAGACAUAUAAAAAAUGUAUGUUUGUCGAUUUGAUACACGAAAUGAAGGAGGAAGGGAGUGAAAAAUUUAUUUAUAUAAUAUUACAAACAAUUGUUGACAAGACUAUGAGGAUGGAAUACUCGCUGUUAAAAAUUUAACACAUUCGCUACCAUCAAGGAAAAAAUCGUGUUUCCAUAAUCCAGAUAUCAAAUUUAUCAUAAAUUUGUAUAAUGCAAAUAUAUAUUUUUAUAUAUGUACUGUUACAAUAUAUGCAAAAACUUGUACGCUUAUAGGAAAUUUUAAAACGAAAUUGCCACACGUACAAAGUGUCAUAUUAAGUGUAUCAAAGCAACUUUCUUGAAAGUGAAGCUUCCAUAUGAAAAAAAUUCCACAUUGUUUUUAUUUACUUUUUAAUUGGGACAAUCCACUGUUAAUUAUUCAUCUCUGUCUACCCUAGAAUUAGCUAAAUUCAAAUAGACAAAAUUAGAUAAAUUUUCAACUCGAUUUUCUCGAAAACGAAGACCUCAGUGAAAAAAAAAAUUGUAGAACUUUUGGAAUCAUUUCUUUUCCUAAACCUAUCGUAUAAAUAUUUCUGCGCAAUCUUGCUCAAACGAAGAAAUCUCAAGAGUUUCGAAAAAUUAAUUCUCUCUGAAUUUUCAAUUUAUUAGAAAAUUCAUUGCACAGAAUGCCAUCGUUCCGAGCGAGAAGCAGACACCGCGGAUGCCCCCGAGUUUCGUAGGUAAAGCGUAGUCUAGUAGGCAAUAACAUUAAUCCAGGACAACGAGGCGACCGGAAAGGUCGCCUGCUCGCGGUCGACGAAGAGGAAUCCCCAGUGGUCGAGUCGCUGGAUGGAUUCUGGUAUAAAGCAACAACGUCCCGUGGAAUGGAUCCGGAGACUCGACAGCCCCUGGUCACGGGCUGUCUUGGCUCUGUCGUGAAAUGCCGUGGACGAAGAGCAACGAGCCCAGAAAGCCCUGUAUCUGCUGCGAGCGCGCGAUCGUCGAAUCGCGUUCCUCGAGAAACGCGUGGCCGAGCUGGAGGACGUCGCCGGGAAUCUGCACGAGUUCACCCUUCGAAAUUCCGUUGUUUCCGAUUUCUCUCGAAACGGGCGAUCGUCGCGAAGGGAAAACUGCGACGAAACCGGCGAGAGAAGCAAUUGCAACUUGGAGGGCGUCGAUUCGACGCAGCGCGACGACGUUGAAAGUUCGCGGGAAGAUCGCAACGGUGGAGUGCCGGUGCCACGUUUGAGUGGCCUGUCGAAAUCCUCCGCGUCGAGUUGUUCCUCCAGAGAUAUCUUGUCCACGGCGAUCGACUUCGUGCUGGAGAGGAGAAAGCGUUUCACCUCCGACGCUUCUUUUCCCAACGUCGAGGACGCCUCCAGCAAGGGGCGGCUUCUUCACGAGCCUCGCGAUCCAGAUCGUAAAAGUGAGACGAAAGUCGAGACUACGAACAGAGAGAAGUUCGUCGAUGUUGAUGAAAAGUACAACAGAGAAGGAGGCUCGGUUCGAGACGAGGAUGAAAUUAAGAGGGAAGAAUGUUUAACUGUGUCAGUGGGGAAGGGGGAAGAGAGGGCUUAUCGAGGCUCGUGCGAUAAGAGACGCGGACCGAGUUUCCCGAGGAUGUCUUCCAGCGUUCCGUGGAUCCGCGCGAGCCACAGCUUCCGGAAGAAGCUCCGCGGCUGCGAGCUGAGAAAUGAAAAACGGAUGAAGGAGCUGUCUUCCGAAGACGGUCGUCAGACGUCGUUUCGGUAAGUGAAAUCCAUUUCUGUAGAGCAGACUAUUGAAACAGAUUUCUGAAUAAAUGAUCGGUCAGGUUUAAUUAAAAAGAAUUAUAUACGGACCAGGUAUGUAUUUAUUUAUUCAUUCGGAAGUAUUUGAAAAUAAAAUUCAUUAAGAGUAUUUGAAAAUAGAAUUAUGAUGAAAUUAACAUUAAGUUUAUUUUACAAGUCAAAAAAAAUUUGUUCUUCCUUUUUGAUUUAUUCUUUCACGUAGAAUCAUCUCCUGGCCACGAUUUCAGAAACACUUUGUACGAUACAACUCCGUUUAUUUGAACUAAUAUAUACCCGAUUAAACGAACUUGCUGAUUCAAUUCACUUCUAUUAUACGAACGAGAAACAUCUAAUCGGUGGACUCUGAUUAUAAGAAUUUCAAUUACAUAAACUAUUCGUUGCAGACUGUACUAA